AUGGAACGAUGGUUUCAGGACCAGGAGGAUGCAGAAGGCCUCAAGCGUAUGCCACCAAAGGUGAGGCAGCAAUUGAGGAUGUCCUUCAACAUUGCAAUCAAGGCAGCCGGCAGCUCCGGAAACAUGACGAAAAGUGUGGACUGGUACGAGCGCAUGCGUGCUGCCCAGAUCAUACCGAAUUCCAGGACUUUUGGGAAACUGAUCAGAGCUGCAGCGAAUUCUGAGCUUGUGGAAGAGGCGGAGCUUUGGUUGGGGACCAUGGAGGAAGAGGGCUUUCAGCCAGAGCUUGUGUGCUACCAGUCUGUGAUCACAGCCUGCUGCAAGGCAGGAGAUGUUCCGCGAGGGGUGCGAUGGUUCCAAAGGGCUCUGCAACGAGGGAUCAAAGCAGACCUGAUGAUGUACAGUCCCAUCAUUGAUGGCUAUGCUGAGCGCGGAGAUGGUGACGAGGCCGCCACUUGGCUGUCGCAAGCCGAGGAGGAAGGCGUCAGACCCAACAUGGCCAUGUAUAAUGCUGUCAUCAAGGGUUACUGCCGUCAAGGCAACUUAGAUGACGCCAAGAAGUGGUUAGAACGAGCUGAAGCCUCUGGCAAUAACCUGGACCUGCAAUCCUACAACACAAUCAUCAACUUUUUUGCGGAGAAGGGUGAUGAAGACGCUGCAAAGGAUUGGUUGCAGCAAGUCUCAUCCGCGGGUUUACAGCCCGACUCUGUCUCGUACAACUCAUUGAUCAAGGCUGCAGCAGUCUCUGGCGAAAUGAACCGCAUGAAGGAACAUUUGGCAGAGAUGCAAUCGCUCAAACUGCGACCUUCUAUGCUGACCUAUGGCACCUUGGUCUCAGCGUACGCUGACGCAGGUGACAUUCAAAAUGCCCAAAGAUGGUAUGACGAGGCUUUAGCAGGGAGAGGCAAAAGCAACACCAUUCUUCUCGCCGUGCUCUUGAAGGCGUACAUAAAGGCUGGGAAUCUCGAGAGUGCAGAGCGCUGUAUCCAGAAAGCUCAGGAGGCAGGGGUAGCUCCGAACCAUGUGGUCUUCACAUCGAUGAUCAAUGCAUAUGCGGAGAGUGGUGAAAUCGAUAGUGCUCGUGCUUGGUUUCGCAAAGCGAAGGAGCAGCCGCACGUUUCUCUCAACAUUUGGAGUUACAAUGCCAUGAUCAAGGCUUGCGCGAAGGUGGGGGAUGAGAAGCGAGCGCAGACCUUUUUCAACUUGGCUGUGUCUGAUGGCUUCAGGCCAGAUGUGUUUACCUUCACUUCGAUGAUCUCUGCUUGUGCUAAAGCUGGUCGGGUAGGCGAGGCCCGUCGAUGGUUGGAAAGACUAGAAAAUGCUGGGAUUCAGCCCAAUGUCAUUUCCUACACCAUAGCGAUCUCAGCAGGUGCAAAGAGUAAGACGAGCAAAUCACCUGGACUCCGGGAAUACCAAUUGUUUGAAAGGAUGCUGAUUCAGGGAAUUUGGCCGAACGUAGUCACAUACAACUACUUGUUGCAAUCAAUGAUUCGGUCUCAGCCAAAAAUGGAGAGGCAAGCCGAGGAUGUGUUUCGACACAUGAUGCAAUGUGGCAUCAAGAGCAAUGACGUCACCCAGGUUCACUUGGCCAGGGUUGUAGGCUUGCAGAAAGUGAUUGACCUCUGCAAGGAGUUUAACAUCAAGGUAGCCCGAGAGCUGCAGAGCUGA